GUGAUCUCCACCGUAACCGUUCUUAUUUUCUUCAACAACACAGAUCUGAUUGAAUUUCCUCUUCUCACUGUUAGCAAGAAAGUUGAAGAAGAGAGAAUUAAAGUGGUGAUCAUGGGUUCUGAGACUUUUAUUGAAGUGAUAUUAGCAAUCCUUAUACCUCCUCUUGGUGUUUUCCUCCGUUAUGGCUGUGGUAUUGAGUUCUGGAUAGAUCUGGUGCUGACGCUGCUGGGAUACCUUCCUGGGAUGAUAUAUGCCAUAUAUGUACUGGUUGCGUGAUAUGAAUAUUAUUUCUGUUUUAUUCAUAAUACAUAUGAGUUUGCUUUUAUAAUGUGUUUAUUCACUUUUAACUUUCGCUUUCA